AUGGGUGUAUACGAUGACGUGUCUACAUUCUGUCACUAUUCUCCGACUUCUACCGUUUCAACGUCUUCUUCUUCGUCGUCAGGAUUAGCUUCUCCGGUGUACGAGAACGUCGAAGAGAUGACAGGAUUAUGCUCUAGGAGCUGGAAAAUGAUGGGAAAAAGAAGUUCAAAACCGUCGAUGAGCGAUUUUCUGGCGCAACUUCCUCCACCGCCAUCGUCGUUUGAUGAUGAAGUUUAUGGAUCGGGAUUCGGAAAGAGACCGGUAGAAUCCUCAACCUCAACCGCUUCAUCAUCUGCUUCGUCACGUCGUCCGAUAAUUUCUUCUUCAAAUCAUCAUCCGCCUAUUUCUGCAUCUCCGUCUCCACCUGUUCUUCUCUCUUCACCACCUCCACCACCACAUCCUCCCAUUCCAUCAAAUUGUUCUUCGAUCGCUCAUUCCGCGAAUCCCCACAUUUCUCGGUGUUUCGAUAUGCGUCCUCUCUCGCUUCCACACAAAGAAAUGCAACGAAUCGAGAGGGAGCAAUCAAACAGGUCGGUCAAACUUCUUAUUCCUAAUCGUUUUGAUAUUCCUGAGCACUAUGCAAUUACUCCGGCUUGUCCGAAAAGACCGGUAGAAUCCUCAACCUCAACCGCUUCAUCAUCUGCUUCGUCACGUCGUCCGAUAAUUUCUUCUUCAAAUCAUCAUCCGCCUAUUUCUGCAUCUCCGUCUCCACCUGUUCUUCUCUCUUCACCACCUCCACCACCACAUCCUCCCAUUCCAUCAAAUUGUUCUUCGAUCGCUCAUUCCGCGAAUCCCCACAUUUCUCGGUGUUUCGAUAUGCGUCCUCUCUCGCUUCCACACAAAGAAAUGCAACGAAUCGAGAGGGAGCAAUCAAACAGGUCGGUCAAACUUCUUAUUCCUAAUCGUUUUGAUAUUCCUGAGCACUAUGCAAUUACUCCGGCUUGUCCGAAAAGAGUGCUGAUCAUCACUCUUCUCAUAAUCACAAUUUUCAUCGUUAUGUUCGCUUUGGGAAUCUACGUUUUCUACGAUGCCAUCGCUGAACACAUCAACAAUAUUGCUGGAAGCUUCUAA